GGUCACGUCGUUCAGAAUCUCCGUACCUACGGGAGGAUACAGUCGAUCGUUUCAGUUAGACUAGUUGGGACGAUAUUCUAAGUUUCACUCAAUCUCUCUUGGAAGUGAGUGCACAGUACAGUUUGGCGAUUGAGAGCGCGCAAUUUCUUCCUGCGAAAAGCGCAAUUUUGUGUCGGAAAGUUCAUCAAAAGCCGGUCAGUGUUUGUGCUACUCGUUUGGGAAAGUGAUGCUCAUUGUUCUGCCGGUGGAAUUCGAGCCGAUCUUUCUGGACACGUCUUGAGCCUUUGAAGCGUGAUUGGCUUUGGAAAGUAAGCUCCGACUCCUGUUCGGGAAAGGAAAGCUCUCAACAAUUUUUUUGGGACCCCAGUGAAAACAAAAGCCGCCAAAAUUCCGCUCUACAGGGAUCACUCGAUUCACCUCUACAAGCUCGUUUACAGAGCCAAUAGGAAGAGGCGCGCCAAAGCAAUGCACACCAUUGCCUACAAUGCCAAAUUUUUCAUCGAGAACUACUCGCACGUAGACGACGACGAUGAGCUGUAUCUGAACUACGACUGGUCAUCGGACUCGAUGUCGAUCAAGAGCAAUAUGAGUAAUUCCAGCCAAUAUCCGGAUUCGGACGGAAGUGGGGAGCGUCUAUCGUUGGCGUACGAGAAGCUGUCGAAGAUUCCGCGCAAAAUCGCGGAGAAAUUUUCCAAGACGACGACCAUUCUGGAUCUGAGCUACAACGAUAUCAAAGACCUCUCCUUCCUGAGUCACUUCCGCCAACUGAACACCCUUAUCCUGGACAAGAACCCCCAGCCGGACGAGAAAACCCUUCCAUCCUUACCGAACCUCUCGCUGCUGUGGCUCAACCACUGCGAAAUCGACAACGUCCAGAAGUGGGUCUACCGGAUUCGCGAUUGUUGCCCAUCACUCCGGUACCUCUCCCUCAUGGGUAACCCUGGAGCAACUUCGUCCUUCAACGGGAACUCCACCCUAGAACACAACGACUACCGGAUGAUGGUGAUCAGUAUUCUGCCUCAGUUGACCCAUCUUGACGACGCGGAAGUAACUUCCGCCCAGCGGGUCCAAGCCAAGCAGUACAAACACACCUACAACAUCGGGCAGACGCCGUUCAACAUCUUCGAGAGCGUCGGUCGGGGACAGCAGAUGAGCCGGAAGGCUUCGCAGCGACGCCAGCGGAAGAAGGAACAGGAACUGCAGCAUCGAAAGGAGAACGAAUCGGAUUCCUGAGGCUGGUGACCGGAAGUCGAUGCGGUGUGACCAAAGUUUCGCGAAUGCGACUGAAACGUUUUAUUUCAAAUAUUAGACUUAAGUUUGAGACUGCUGGUAUCUUUGUAUACGUGUAUAUAUUUGUUGAGUUAUGAUGAGAUAAAUCUCUAAUUUUCUCGAAUUUUAAGUACAAAUGUGAACGAUGUUAUUUGUAA